GACACAGAUGAUGAGUAAUAAAGUCAUAUAAAAAUACGCCCAUAGCGCCAAGGUCCCCAUUUGAGCUGCCUCUGCCGUGACUUGAGAAGAGAACCGAGAUCUUGACUUCAAAAAUCAUUUAAUCAAGGCUCUAUAAUGAAUCCUCUAGAUGAAGAAUGGGAGAGCUGGAAAAUCACCUUCAAGAAAAAGUACAAUAGUCCGGAGGAGGAGUCUAUUCGUCGAGCCGCUUGGGAGAAGAACAAGAUUUAUAUUGAGGCCCAUAACAAGCAGUAUGAACAGGGGUUAACCAGCUUUACGAUGGGCCUCAAUCAAUUUUCAGACCUGACUGAAGGUGAAAGUCCGUGUGGUUGCAUGAAGAAAAAGACAACACAACCAAAUUAGGAACUGGGAAGGGCUACCGCCUGCCCUAUACACUUAAUCUAUUCAUGUUGUACUUAAAAAUUUCAAUUUAACAAUGUGAACUUAAUUUAGCCAACAUAACAUUGUUUCAUUAAACUAACAGAUUAUUAAAACCAGUAAAGACUUGCAUCUCAUUGGCUGAGGAUUUUGCAGUGUAUUUUGGGUAACUGUUGUUUUGGCAUCCUCAAGGAGUGGCAGAGCUAGAAAUAAAAAUGGUUGCCAGGGGGCGACCAAAAGUA